UCUUGGUGGGGUUGUGAGUUGUUUGGGGGCAGAAAGGUGACAGGAGAGACGAGCUCGGGUAAAGAGCCGGGUAUUUACCUCUACACCUCCUACUGCACGGUCAUUGUUGAUAGUAAUAUGCUGGGUUAUAUGUGCACCAGAAAGAAGAGAAGUCCAGGAUCACAAGAGGAGGACUGUCAAUGUUCCCACUUGAGUUGAUAAUUUUGAAAAGAUUACAGUUCUGAAAGGAUGGAUUUGAAGUAAUGCAGAGCAUUCGUGUUUUUGGUGUGCAUUACCAGCUCAGUCCAGGACUGAUGGUACCUGAAUGAGUGCCUCGUGACCAUGCAAAAGGCCUGAAGAACUUGUAUCCAGCCUCAGAAAGCUCUUUACAGCUCAGGAGCAAAAAUGUUUAGCACGACACAAACCUCGAAAACACAGUUCCUGGACAUGGCCCGGGCUGCUCGGGAGGAGAGGAAAGGGCAGAAGGAACGUGAGCGUGCAACUAUUCAUAUUCAAGCUGUGGUCAGGAGGUAUCUCUGCAGGUGUCGGCUGCUUAGAAAAAUCAGACUUGAAAUCGAUAAUUUUUUUGACAUCAGUGAAACUGAUCCAUCAAAAAGAAGUGCACUCGUUAUAUUUAAAAUCGCAAGGAAAUUGCUCUUUGUAUUUCAUGUGAAAGAAGAUAAAGAGAGACUUCAGAAGCUGUGUCGCUGUAUCCUUAAUAGUAUGGAUGUAGAGAAUGAGUCCAAGGUAUGGUAUGUCUCAAUAGCACUGUCCAAAGAUCUCACCCUGUUAUGGAUCAAACAAGUAAAAGACCUACUCUGGCUCUGCUGUGAGUUUCUAAAGCAGCUGAAGCCAGAUGUUCUGCAGGACUCUAAGUUCAUCACAUUGUAUCUCACCAUGCUGAUCACAUUCACAGACGCCUCAAGCUGGAAAAUACUGAGGGGGAAAGGAGAAGCCCUGAGACCUGCCAUGAACCAUAUUUGUGCUAACAUCAUGGGACAUCUCAAUCAAAAGGGAUAUUACACAGUCCUACAGAUAUUGUUAACAAAUGGGCUGGCAAGAUCCAAACCAUCUCUGUCCAAAGCCACUUUAACAGCCAUUUUCACCCUUGCAUUACGACCAGUGAUUGCUGCACACUUCUCGGAUAACCUGCUCCGUUCCUUUCUGCUGCACAUCAUGUCAGUCCCAGCACUGGUGACACAUCUCUCUACUAUAGUACCUGAGUGCAUGUCUACGAUCCAUUCCCAUGAGCUGCUACGAAAAUUCAUCCUGUUCUUAAGUCGAGAUGAGCAGUGCAGUGAUAUCUGUGUGUGCUUGGAGGGAAGCCAUACACUUUGUUUGCUGGGGAAUCUAAUUUAUCUGGCCUAUCUGUCUGAGAAGGUUUUGGAGGAGGAGACGAAUCAUUUUAUCAGUGUGCUGACUGCCAUGCUGUCAUAUUGCCAGAAAUAUGUAUCGCAGAAGAAGUCUAACCUGACACACUGGCAUCCAGUACUCGGCUGGUUCUCACAGACAGUUGACUAUGGGAUGAAUGAAGCGAUGCCACUAGUCACCAGGCAGUUGCAGUACCUGUGGAGUGUCCGGGUCAUUCGCAUGUUGUUUCAUAACGUGCUGAGCAAGAAAUUAACUGAAGUUCAAGACAUGGUGCAUACACCUGCUCAGUUCUCCAGUUCUUCAAAUAACAUUCAGGUCAAAAAUCUCUUCAAACGCUUCCAAAAGUCAGCAUCCAUGCGGAACAUUCUGAAACCAGUUGGAGGGAAGCGUGUGGACUCUCCUGAGGUGCAAAAAGUCUGCAGUAUCUGUGUGUUGUAUCAGACAGCACUGACCACACUCACCCAGAUUCGACUCCAGAUUCUCACUGGGUUAACGUAUUUAGAUGACUUGUUGCCCAAGUUGUGGGCAUUCAUUUGUGAGCUGGGGCCCCAAGGGGGCUUGAAGCUAUUCCUUGAGUGCCUAAACAAUGACACCGAGGAAUCCAAGCGGCUUCUUGCAAUGCUGAUGUUGUUUUGUGACUGCUCGCGGCACCUUAUCACGAUUUGGAUGACAUUGAAGGUGUAUGAGGAGCAAGUAUCAUUUAAACUGGAAGAGCUGGUCACCAUCUCCUCCUUCCUAAAUAGCUUUGUAUUUAAAAUGAUUUGGGAUGGCAUACAAGAAAAUGCAAACGGGGAGCAACUGGAGCUGUUCCAUUCUGUUCAUGGGUGGUUAAUGACUCUGUAUGAGCGAGACUGCCGACGACGCUUUGCUCCUGAGGAUCACUGGCUGCGCAAGGACUUGAAACCCAGCUUGAUUAUCCAGGAUUUGGAUAAAGGGAGGAAGAGAGCCCAGUUACUAUUGCAGUACAUCCCUCAUACUAUUCCACAUAAAAACAGGGUGCUGCUUUUUCGGAAUAUGGUUACAAAGGAGAAGGAGUCACUAGGAUUGGUGGAGACGAGUUCUGCAUCCCCUCACGUCAUCCAUGUAACAAUCCGCAGAUCCCGAAUGCUUGAGGAUGGAUAUGAACAAUUGCGGCGGUUACCUGUUAACACAAUGAAAGGAGUCAUUAGAGUGAAAUUUGUGAAUGAUCUUGGAGUAGAUGAAGCUGGAAUUGAUCAGGAUGGUGUCUUCAAGGAAUUUUUAGAAGAAAUCAUCAAAAAGGUCUUUGACCCUGCUCUGAAUCUCUUCAAGACAACCAGUGGAGAUGAACGACUGUACCCAUCCCCCACUUCAUACAUCCAUGAAAAUCAUCUGCAACUAUUUGAAUUUGUUGGAAAGAUGCUGGGGAAAGCUGUCUAUGAGGGAAUUGUAGUGGAUGUUCCCUUUGCUUCCUUCUUCCUCAGUCAGGUUCUUGGACAUCAUCAUAGUGCAUUGUACAGCUCAAUUGAUGAACUUCCAUCCCUGGACUCUGAGUUCUACAAAAAUCUCACCUCCAUAAAGCGUUACGAUGGUGACAUUGGUGACCUUGGUUUGACAUUAUCUUAUGAUGAAGAUGUUAUGGGUCAGCUUGUUUGCCAUGAGCUGGUACCAGGAGGAAAAACCAUUGGGGUAACCAAUGAAAAUAAAAUCAGUUACAUACACCUCAUGGCUCACUUCCGAAUGCACACUCAGGUCAAAGAUCAGACAGUUGCUUUCAUCCGAGGAUUUCGGUCCAUUAUUAACCCAGAGUGGCUCCGUAUGUUUUCAACUCCUGAAGUGCAGCGUUUAAUUGCUGGAGACAAUGCAGAGAUAGACUUGGAGGACCUCAAAAAGCACACUGUGUAUUACGGUGGUUUCCAUGGCAGUCAUCGUGUCAUUGCCUGGCUCUGGGAUAUUUUAGCUCAUGACUUCACAGCAGAAGAACGAGCCAUGUUUCUUAAGUUUGUCACCAGCUGCUCUCGGCCACCACUCCUGGGCUUUGCCUACCUUAAACCUCCCUUCUCUAUUCGUUGUGUUGAAGUUUCAGAUGAUCAGGACACAGGAGAUACACUGGGUAGUGUGCUGCGUGGUUUCUUCACCAUCCGUAAAAAGGAACCAGGUGGUCGUCUGCCAACCUCAUCAACCUGCUUCAACCUCCUGAAACUUCCCAACUACAGCAAGAAGAGCAUCUUGAGAGAGAAACUCCGCUAUGCAAUCAGUAUGAACACUGGAUUUGAACUCUCCUAACUCUAAGGAUUACCUUUUAUGUAAUGGAUCUUUGAUUUAAAACCAUGAAGUGUUUCAGGGUAAAGCUGAAUGACUAAGCUCCCUUCACUGUCCAAUUAAAAUUCUGAAGAUUUAAAUCCAUUGCCAACAGAAUUCAGGGCAUCUAAGAGCUUGAGAAUAAUACUUACUACAUAUGCAUCCAAGAUCAAUGUUCUAGGAAAUUUCUUCAAAAUCCUUAAAGGAAAGUUUCUAUAAUUUAAGUGUACACUAUCACAUUAUCGUCAAGAUGUAAUAAAAAUUAUUUCACCAAAUAUUCCUUGAAGGCUAGAAGUGCAUGUUUACAAAGCUGAGGAAAUAAUGCAGAAUCAGUCAUGAAAGUGAAGGUCAGGCAAAAUCUUGUUUUUUUCAUUAGCAUUUGAGACAAACUUGAAUUAGCAGUUAUUUUGUAAAUGUAGAACAAGUGAUGAAUCAAUGCACAAAAUUAAUGAAUAAGCACCUUUAAAUUCUGUUCCUACAUCCCUACUUUGCUGAUAAAGUUGCUACCUGAUCUAAAAAAGUUCACUGAUAGAAGAUGCAGCAAGUUCUAACACUGAUUCCUGUUUUAGCAUGUGGCAAAGUAUGAACACCAGAUAAUUUUUUCCUUUAUUCAGGUUUCACUUAGUAAAAUAAUGUGGAAUUUUCCAAAUGUUCACAAGCCACUAAAUCACAAGUAUUUCAGGAAGGAUUCCAGGUUUAUCUUUACUUAAAGGCAGCAUUCAUUUUUUAUUUUCAUUUGUAGCAAUGUCUAUUUAAUGUAAAAUAACCUUUUUAAUGGACUUUGCAGAUAAUUUGACAACUGCAUGGUCUAGCUUAUUUCAGGAAAUAAGAUUUGUGUAAUAUUAACUAUUUUGAAUAGCAAGUUAGUAAAAUUUUACUAUAUAAAACACUAAAGUAAUUUAUGACUAGCCUGUGAAUGUCAGGCAUUGACUGUAUAUUUUAAGCUGGUUUAUCCAUUAAAAGCUCCCUACUUUUUUUAA